CUCCGCGCCCGGCGCUCGGCGGCGCUCGGCUGUCUCCGUCCGCUCGGGUCUGCGCUCGGCUCCGGUCCGCGGCCGCUGCGGCGCCGGGCAUUUCUCCGCAGCUGGGCUCGCGGCCGCGCCCGCCGCCCGGCCCGCGCCCAUGCAGGCCAUCAAGUGCGUGGUGGUCGGCGAUGGCGCCGUGGGGAAGACCUGCUUGCUGAUCAGCUACACGACCAACGCCUUCCCGGGAGAGUACAUCCCCACUGUUUUCGACAACUACUCUGCGAAUGUGAUGGUGGAUGGGAAGCCGGUCAACCUAGGGCUGUGGGACACUGCUGGGCAAGAGGACUACGACCGGCUGCGGCCACUCUCUUAUCCCCAGACUGACGUCUUUCUGAUCUGCUUCUCCCUGGUGAGCCCGGCCUCCUUUGAAAAUGUUCGAGCCAAGUGGUACCCAGAGGUGCGGCACCACUGCCCCCACACGCCCAUCCUCCUGGUGGGCACCAAGCUGGAUCUGCGUGACGACAAGGACACCAUUGAGCGGCUGCGGGACAAGAAGCUGGCGCCCAUCACCUACCCACAGGGCCUGGCCAUGGCCCGGGAGAUCGUGUCCCCCCACCCUCGCUGCUCCCUCCUCACUGCCCCCUCCCUCGCUGCCCCAGGCUCCGUCAAGUACCUGGAGUGCUCAGCCCUGACUCAGCGGGGCCUGAAGACAGUGUUUGACGAGGCCAUCCGCGCUGUGCUCUGCCCGCCCCCCGUGAAGAAGCCGGGGAAGAAGUGCACAGUCUUCUAGAGCCGGCUUCUAGAGGAGCAGCCCCGCCCCCACCCGUGUCUGCUGUUGUGUUGAGAUGUUUGGUGUCCCUAAGUCUGCUGUGGGGAAGUGAUGGGGAGGGAGGAGCAUGGGGACGGGUCUGCCACUCCCGGGGGCGGGGCUGGGGCGAUGGGGUCCGUGGGCUCUGCCUCCCCUUUCUGGGGGCCGCUCCAGCCUCCCCUGGCUCCCACGGGAGGCCGGGAGGGAGCAGGGUCUCCCUCAGGCUGCAGGGGCAGGUCCAGGGCAGCCCCAGGACGGGCUUCCCUCUGGGGGAGGUUGGGGGUUGGUUCUGUCCAUGGGCCCCGGGAUGGGGCGGCCCCUUCUUAUUUUAUACAAUAAACAUUCUCCAACAUCUGGC